AUGGCCGAGGCGCUCGGCGUUGUAGCUAGCGGCAUUGCUAUCGCCCAGGUGGCUGGGACUGCCGGGAAAGCGAUCAUCAAGCUGAGGGGUCUGUGGAACCAAGUCAGGACAGUCCCUGACACCAUUGCCGACCUAAUGGAGCCGAUUGACUGUCUCCAGCCUGCCCUCUGGGAGUUCGAGAAUAACUUGGCUCAUCAAAACAUCCCAAAUCAAUUCUGGGACGAUAGUACCACAAGGCGCAGUUCAGAGUACUGCAGCAAGGCUCUAGCAGAGCUGUCGGACCUCGUCACCGAUCUGUCAAGGCAUAUCAAUUCCGAACGGCAGAUUCAUAGAUCUACUGGGCGAUGCAAGGCCAUUUCGAAGAAGGAGCAGAUAAAUCUCCUGGAGCGGCGUUUGGAGAAGGCCGUCAGGAUGCUUCAGUUCGCACAAUAG